AAUCAACAAUGAUGCCAUGUGACUGAGACGUUGGCAUAAAGACAGAGCUGAUGCCAGGCCAGAGUCCUGAGCCAUUUACCGCUUGUUUCGUAUCAAACAGCUUUCUCCCUGCACUCGUGAUUGAUAAGGCCGCAUUAUCGUGCUUACUUUGGGAAACUGCGAUUCACUGCUCCUGCGCCUUUUGGAAACCUCCUGAACUGCACCCUCCUUUCACCAGCUUCUACGCUUUACUCGCAGCUACUUCGGCUCGAGCUCUUUCACAAGCCAGCUUGCGCGUCGACGCCGUCCAUAAAACAAGCGUCCCUCUCACGCCGAGACUCUCUCUUCGACAUCCACCUCCACCUUUAUUCAUCAAGGUGUUCCACCACAACACAACAUCACAUCCACACACUCGUCCACCAUGUCGGACACCCACACCAACGGCCACGUCAAUGGCAAUGGCGUUCUGCACAACAAGCCUGUUGAACAGGUCAUCAGAUCGCCUGACAGAAAACCUUCACCACAACCCACACACCUGAGCGUGCCCGGCACCUCAAAUCACUCCCGCGUCCUGAGUGAGCAAGGCUCCGGCUAUGAGGCCCCCAAAUUUGAGGGCAAGACCCUUCAGAUGGAAGAGGUUAUGGACAAGAUUGAGGCGAAGGGUUUCCUUCCUCCGGAAUUUGUCGAGACCGAGACCCAGUGGUUCUACAACGAACUGGGCAUUGACGACAUGUACUUUUCGACCGAGACUUCCGAUGCCAUCGUCAGCCACAUCCACUCAUUGUAUGCAGCAAAGGUUGCCGCAUUCGCCAGAGACGACAAGCAGCUUGAGAUCCGUCUGGACAAGGAAGCAGCCGACCAUGCUGUUUUCAUCGACACCAGCAAGCCUGGCAUCACCUCCGUCGGCGGACCUCGUUACGAGCAACGCAUUGACGAAAAGUACUUGAACAACUCAAAGGGCGCCGACAGCUACCGUGUCGAGACAUUCAGAUCGUCUAGCAAGUUGCCUGGUGACCUCGACCAAAAGCUCCGCUGCUACUUUGUCUACCAAUGCUCCUUCGAGCAGCCCAACCCCGGCCCUGACGAGACCCGCCUCGACAUGAUCUCCGACAAGAGAUUCCUCCAAAAGGCCACCCAGAACACCCGCGACAUCUACCAGCACAUUCUCGAAUCGGCUGUCGCUAGAACCGGCCCCGUCAUCGAACUGUUUGAGAUCAAGGGCUCAAGAGAGAAGAGAUUGGUCAUUGCCUACAAGCAAGGUUCUGCCUUGGGACUGUUCAGCGCCCUUAGUGAUCUUUAUCACUACUAUGGCCUGACCUCGUCGCGCAAGUACGUUGAACAAUUCUCCAACGGCUACACCAUCAUGUCACUGUACCUCCGUCCCGUCCCUGGACCUGAGUCGAACACGCACCCUCCCAUCGAGGCCUCGAUCCAUCAGAUCAUGAAGGAAGUCUCGCUGCUUUACUGCGUGCCUCGCACCAAGUUCCAGAACCACUUUGCCGUCGGUACCCUCAGCUUGCAGGAGACCAUCUACGCUCACUGCGUCUGGGUCUUUGUCAGCCACUUCUUGAACCGCCUGGGUUCCGAGUACAACACUCUCAGCGCCAUCUUGGACCCGAACAACAGCGUUCACGCUGAGCUACUUGCUAAGCUCAAGCGUCGUCUGCGUACUGAGACCUUCACCUCGGACUUCAUUCUCGAGAUUAUGCAGAUGUACCCUGAGCUGGUCAAGGUUCUGUACUUGAACUUUGCUAACACUCACUACGUUCAGACUCGUGGUGACGAGGAUGAUUUCCUCCCGACCUUGAGUUACCUUCGCCUCAAGGUUGACAAGGUCCUGACCGACUCUGAGCUCAAGAACAUGAUCUCUACCACCUGCCAGAAUGAGCACCAGGAAAUGGUCAUGACAGCCUUCCGUACAUUCAACAAGGCUGUUCUGAAGACCAACUACUACACACCCACAAAGACUGCUCUGUCUUUCCGUCUGAACCCCUCGUUCCUGCCCAUUGAGGAGUACCCUCAGCCUCUCUACGGCAUGUUCUUGAUCAUCGGUUCCGAGUUCCGUGGCUUCCAUCUUCGCUUCCGCGACAUCGCUCGUGGUGGCAUUCGUAUCGUCAAGUCUAGAAGCCCUGAAGCAUACGACAUCAACGCCCGUUCUCUGUUUGACGAGAAUUACAACCUUGCCAACACUCAACAACGUAAGAACAAGGAUAUCCCUGAAGGCGGCUCCAAGGGUGUCAUCCUGCUUGAUGUCGAGCACCAAGAAAAGGCCAGUGAAAAGGUGGCAUUUGAGAAGUACAUCGACAGCAUUCUCGAUCUGCUCCUUCCUCCCACUAGCCCUGGUAUCAAGGACCCUAUUGUCGACCUCCACGGAAAGCAAGAGAUCCUUUUCCUGGGUCCUGACGAGAACACCGCUCACCUUGUCGACUGGGCUACCGAGCAUGCCAGAUCGCGCAACGCACCUUGGUGGAAGUCAUUCUUCACCGGCAAGAGCCCCAAGCUAGGUGGCAUCCCUCACGAUGAGUACGGCAUGACUACCUUGUCUGUCCGUGAGUACGUCUUGGGUAUCUACCGCAAGCUCAACCUCGACCAGAAUAGCAUGAGAAAGCUUCAGACUGGUGGUCCCGACGGUGACUUGGGAAGCAACGAGAUCCUUCUCGGCAAUGAAAAGUACACCGCCAUUGUCGACGGAGCCGGUGUCCUUGUCGAUCCCAACGGUAUUGACAGAGACGAGCUCCUGCGUCUGGCCAAGGAACGUGUCAUGAUUCACAAGUUCGAUGCGUCGAAGCUCUCGCCUCAGGGCUACAGAGUUUUGAUCGAGGAUAACAACGUGACCCUCCCUUCGGGCGAGGUCGUGAAGAACGGAACUGCGUUCCGCAACGCCUACCAUCUGCGCGCUGAGACUUACGACGUCUUCGUGCCCUGUGGUGGCCGCCCGGAGUCCAUUAACCUCAACUCGGUCAACAAGCUCAUCGUCGACGGCAAGUCGAUCAUCCCUUACAUUGUCGAAGGUGCCAACCUGUUCAUCACACAAGACGCCAAGCUCCGUCUUGAGAAGGCUGGCUGCAUUCUUUUCAAGGAUGCUUCAGCCAACAAGGGUGGUGUUACCUCUUCCUCUCUUGAGGUUUUGGCUUCGCUGUCCUUCGACAACGAAGGCUUCAUCAAGAACAUGUGCGUUGGCGAGGACGGCACCACCCCCGAGUUCUACAAGGCAUACGUGAAGCAGGUCCAAGACACCAUCCGUAACAACGCCAGACUUGAGUUCGAGGCCAUCUGGAGAGAGAGCGAAGCCACCGGCACUCCCAAGAGCAUUCUCAGCGACACUCUCAGCACCGCCAUCACUAACCUUGAUGAGGAACUGCAGAACACUGAGCUCUGGGACAAUGUUGAGCUCCGCAAGUCGGUGCUCCAGGACGCCCUGCCCAGUCUGUUGCUCGAGAAGAUCGGUCUUGAUCUUAUCAUCGAGAGAGUUCCCGAGAACUACUUGCGCGCCAUCUUUGGCUCCUACCUCUCAUCUCGCUUCAUUUACGAGCGCGGCAUUUCGGCCAGCCAGUUUGCGUUCUUCUCUUUCAUGAAUGAACGCAUGGCCAAAUUGCGCUCAUAGAUUUCGAGGAAUGCGCUACGUUGAUAAAGGCCUCACCAAGGCCGGUCGUCUACAUUCUUCUGGUAGAUGGACUUAAAAGUUAUAAACAAAUAAUCAUGCCGGGACGGUCAAAGGCGUUUGGGGUUGCAUUUGCUUUAUUUCACUGGACCUUUAUUAGCUCCGGUUGCUCAGCGUGGCUUUCUGCUACACUUGCUCGAUACACUUGAAUUAAAAAAAAAACUGUUUAGAGUCUCAACCAAUUCCCAACCCAUUUCGUUGCUCACAAUCGUCUCU